UCCGUCUCUCACAGCAGAGCUUGAAUCCACUGUAAGUUUCGUUUCUGACCGACAGCUGAUCUUUAAAAGUCCGCUGUCGGUCCUGAGGAGACAAUGUGCGAACAUGUUUUCAUGGGGAGAGCACGGUCAGCGGGGGUUCUGGUUAAAGGACGGCUCAAAUAUCCAGAGUGAAACAGAGGAUGGAGUUCAUUAUUUAAACCUCAGCUACCACAUCAGGCAUCUGUCGGCGGGUCACAGUGUGCUCGCUUUCGUCAAAACUAAUGGAAAUGCGUUCAUUAUUCGCACAAACGAGAGCAAAGAUGGGAGAAGAGUCCGAGGCAAACAGAAGUUUGUGGAGUGUAAAGAGAAGAUCCAGGCUGUGAGCUGUGGUGAUGAUGUGGUCACACUGUUGUCUGAGAGAGGCACAGUCCGCUGUGUGGACACAACUCACUCUCCUUUCAUUCCAAGGCCAGUGGAAGCUUUGAGUAACACACCAGUUUGUCAGGUAGCAUGUGGGAGCCAGCAUUCAGUCGCCUUGAGCAAAGAUGGGCAGGUGUUCACAUGGGGUCUGGAUUCCAGGGGCCAGCUGGGUCUGGGAAAGAGGAGGCCUGGCGCCAGCUCACCCCAACACCUACGAUCUCUGUCAGCAGUCCCCCUGGUCCAGAUCUCUGCUGGGGGAGAGCAGAGUUUUGCCAUCUCUGUCUCUGGAGGUGUGUUCAGCUGGGGCAGAAACGACUGUGGACAACUCGGGCUGGGAGACAUGACAGACAGACACACACCAACUCCUGUUCAUUGUCUGAAUAUGAAGAAAACUAUUCACAUUUCCUGUGGGAAGGAUCACACUGCCAUCUUAACAAAGGAUGGUGCAGUGUUUACGUUUGGCUCUGGUCAAUAUGGACAGCUUGGGCACAACUCAUUCACUGAUGAACUUUGUCCUCGUCUUGUGGCAGAGCUCUUGGGGGCAAAGGUCACCAAGAUUGCAUGUGGACGACAUCACACAUUAGUGUUGACAGACUCCAAAAGGGUUUACUCCUUUGGGUGUGGAGAGCAAGGGCAGCUGGGACACGGAAACGAGAGUCAUCCAUCUGUGCCACUACCUGUUCAACUGCCACAAGAUAGUGAUGGUCCCAGAAUUAGAAACAUCUUCGCAGGAGGAAACUGUUCGUUUGCAACAUGCACAGCUAUUGAGAACAUACAGGAAGAGUCUGACAGUAUCAGUGAUGUAACACAACACUGUCUUGAUGACAUGGUUGACAAAUGGAUUUCAAACUGUGAUUCAAAGUCAUGGAAAAAGAUAAAACAGGAAAUCCACAGGACUUUUUCGUCUGCUUCUUGUGUCAAUAAAAGCUUCCUUGAUCAAAGCAAAGAUAAACAUUUCCAGACCUCACCAAAGUACCCUGGCUUGAACUUGUCACUUGCACGACUUGCUUUCAAGAAACUGAUAAAGAGGGAUGAUGUUUUGGCAGAGGUUAAGGCUGCUGUCCUCCACUUGCUUCAUUCCUUUGAUAUGAAACCAGUUGGAGUGGAGGGUCUGAGGGUCUUCCUGCUUCUUAAUGAGCUUCUGCAUGUGAUCCAAAAACGCAAACAACAACAGAGCACAAAGCUCGCUGAGGCAGUUGCUGCUGCUGUACUAAGUUUGUCUGCUGAGAGCCUUCAGGUCAUAGGGGACUGGUGGUCCUCACUGUCGCCCUCCACCAUGGUUAAGUAUGUUAAGGUGUGGAAGAAGGCCCUCUCAGUCAUCAUGUCCUUUAAGCCUGUUCCUCGCAACUCUGGAGUCAGAAAUCUGCUGCUAGUCCUCCAGUAUUUUUACAAUGCCAACAGCAGAACUGCAGAAUCUCAAAGGAUGCCAGAGAGUGAGUUUUGUUUGUUGAUUGAUGAAGACUUUCUACUUGAAGACCUGCAGCUUUGGCGUUCACGGACAAGACAUCGGCGCACACGUGGUGAGCCACUUAUCCUUUGUGGCUUUCCCAUUGUGAUGGAUCUGCAAACAAAGAAAAUGGUGUUUGACAGGAACGCUGACUUCACCAGGUUUGAAAUAGUGCAUGGCAUCGUUCUGGAUUUGUUUUUGGAGCUUGGAUGCCUUUUCCCACGUCCACAAGAUGUGCUGUUUGAACUGCACCUGAGGCGAGCAUCGGUUUUGGAAGACACCUUUGAACAACUGGCUGCUGCCUAUCACAGAGACUACAAGAGGCCACUUGUGGUCUAUUUUGACGAAAAUCCUACAGUUGAUAAUGUCUACACAAAAGACUUUUUUCAUGAAGUAUUUCAUGAGAUGGUGUCAACUGAAUCUGGGAUGUUCAUGUUCAAUGACUCCAAAACACUGGCAUGGUUUCCCUCCAGCGCAACACAGGAGCACCAGAGGUACUUCCUGUUUGGGGUUCUAUGUGGACUGGCUUUGUACAGCCAGUGCAUCAUAUACUUGCCCUUCCCAAUGGUACUGUUCAAGAAGCUGCUUGGUGUAAAACCUUCACUGGAGGACAUGAUGGAAUUCAGUCCACGUCUUGGGAAGAGUCUGCAGUACAUCCUGGAAGACUACAAUGAUGAUGACAUAGAAAACCUGGAUAUGUAUUUUUCAAUCGACUGGGAUAGGACAGAGGUUGACCUUGAUCCUGGAAAUCCUGAAAAGCCAGUGACAAGUCAAAAUAAGAAGGAAUUUGUGGAUGCCUACGUGAAUCAUGCCUUCAACACCUCAGUGGAGAGUGUUUUUCAAGAGUUCAAGCGAGGCUUCUUCCAUGUGUGUGACCAGGAUGUGGUGAGGCUGUUCCAGCCACAGGAGCUGUGUGAAGUGUUGAUUGGCAAAGACUUCCAUGACUGGGAGAGGCUGAAACAGAACACAGCUUAUGAGGGGGUGUACCAUGUUGGCCACCCCACCAUACAGAUGUUUUGGGAGGUUUUUGAUGACCUAACUGAGGAUCAGAAGAAAACUUUCCUUUGGUUUGUGACAGGUUUUGAAAGAGUGCCUAUUCUUGGCCUGGAAAACAUCAAGAUGACAGUCAGGGUUAAAGAAGUCCAGGACCUCACUGACGACCAGUACUACCCUGAGACGCACACAUGUUUCUCUUGUCUGGAGCUGCCGUUAUACUCAACCAAGGAAAUUAUGCAAAUUAAGUUGACAGAAGCCCUGAGCAACAACAGGAGAAUCCACAAAUGAUGCCAGGACUGUUCCCCACGUGGUCACCAUGUCGGUACUCAACAAAGCGGCAAACAUAAAGUUAUAGUACUUUGUCAAUGGCUGACCAAAGACCAUCUGUUGUAACUACUGCUAGUGUACCAGUGCAUUGGCAAACAUCAAGGGUUUAAGUUUCUUUAUGAUGUUGUGUGUGUCGUGGGUGUAUUAAAUUAAGUAUGAAGAAAAUAAAAUUCAUGCCUCGUGGUAAAAACACUGGUAUAAGUUGUAUACA